AUGAGUGAUAAAGCAAAGGAGUCCGCUGUUGGGACCAAAAGCCAAAUGAAAUGUUGUGGAAAACCCAUCACUGAACUUCCAUUCAAGAAAAGACUGACCAUGAUGCUGCUGUCAGUGAGAGAGGAAGGAGAGGGUUCAUCCCAGCCUGAGGGCUCAGCCAUGUCCUCGGAAGAUGAUGACCCCAUGGUCACAGAAAUAUCUGUGUCGGGAGAUGUGCCAGAUCAACUGCUGAUACCAGUGAAAAUCAAUAUGGAAAUAAAAGAGCAAUUAAAGAAGGAAAUUCGACAUUUUGGAGGAAAAUAUGAAAUAGUCUUCAAAUUGCUUAAGGGAGUGCAAGGACCUCCAGAAGUGCAGAAAAAAUUUGCUGUAUAUGCCAUGAAGGAAGCAGCAAGAUAUGAAAGACAAGACUUAAUAAGGCACUUGAAGAAGGUACCAGAAAAAUUGGAAUCUGACCAGAUUCUCAAAAAAGAUAAUGACACUCCAAACUUACAAUCCUGUUAUCACAAUCAUCA